GAAGGGUGUAAGAAAAUGGAUGGAUGGAUGGAUGUAGUUUUUACAAAAGAUCUGUUUACAGCCUGUCCAGUAAGUGGCGGUAUUGUACUUACAAUUUGGUUGUCAAAUUCUACAGCCGAAGAAGAAGAAAAAAGGGAGUCGGCGGCUCCGUUCUCUGUCCCAAACAACAUCAUGUCUGGUAACAUUUGGGUGGUUCCUGGUGAUCAGUUCCUCAUUCAACCAGUAAGCAACUCCACUCAUGACCACAACUUACCAAAUGAUCUAGAGAUGGAAAAGAAACACGAGGAACCAGAUCUACUGCAGAUUACAGAGAUGAAGGAGGAACCAGAAUAUCAACGGAUCAAAAAGGAACAUGUUGAGUUUGACAACUUUAAUAAUAUGAAAUCUGAAGUCAAGCAGGAGGCCGACACCUUUACAGUAUGUGCAUCCCAGAGCAAACCUGAACAGAUUAAAGAAGAACUGGAGGAACUAGAAACUGUUCAGGUUAAACAGGAAGAGGAGGAACUCUAUAGCGAUCAGGAUGAAGAUCAACUUUUAGGGAAUCAAGAAACCAUUAGAGAGAUUCUUAUUUAUCAUAAAAAAGAUCACAGCAAACCAGACCAGGUUCACUCUUCACACUCUCCUGAUGCUGAAGACCAAACUCAGGGAAGAAGGUCUUUAUCUCCAACAUCAAAAGGAGAAGAAGAGCUGAGUACUGAGAAAGAACAUGAGGGAAUCCAAAAGGUGCCUUUUUGUAAAAUAUGUGGAAAACGUUUCAUUCAGCAGAGGUACUUGGCUGAUCACAUGAUUGUUCACACGGGUGCAAAACCAUUCCAGUGUGGGACUUGUGGAAAGUGUUUCACCAGAAAAACUACCUUGAAUUUUCACAUGAGAAUCCACACCGGUGAGAAACCGUAUACCUGUGAAGUCUGCAGUAAGUCCUUCAGCUACAGCAGUGGUUUGGUUCGUCACACGAGAAUCCACACGGGCGAGAGGCCAUUUUUGUGUCAGACCUGUGGGAAAAGUUUCGCCGAUGGAGAAACAGCCGAGAUCUGGUUCGUCACUCCAGACUCCACACAGGUGAGAAACCGUUCUCAUGUGGAUUUUGCAAAAAGAGCUAUCCAAGUAGAGGCAGCCUGAAAACACACUCCAACGUCCACAUGCAUCACAGGCCAUUUGUGUGUGAGCUGUGUGCUAAAACUUUCACAAACAGGACUAACUUGGUCCGCCACAGGAGGACUCACACAGGCGAGAAGCCAUUUUCCUGUACAGCAUGUGGUAAAUUUUUUAGUGACAAGAGCACUCUAAUUAGACAUGUGAGAAGCCACACAGGCGAGAAGCCAUUUUCCUGUAAUUUUUGUGAAGUGUCUUUUACGGACAAUAGUCAGCUGACCCGUCACUUGAGGACCCACACAGGAGAGAAACCAUUCUCAUGUGUGACCUGUGGGAAGAAAUUCUCCAAACCGUACGGUCUGACUAUGCACAUCCGGACUCAUACAGGCGAAAAGCCGUAUUCCUGCCAACAGUGUGGUAAAUUAUUCACUGCCAGAUAUAAACUGACUGCACAUAUAUGUGGAAAUAAACUUUAAAAGAUGUUAAA